CAUGACUGUUGGGAACCACACGCCAUUCAUUCUGCAGUUUUGCUUCUGCCAACGUACCUCCGUUUUUCCGGAGCUUUAGUGUGACUUGCAAUUUAGUUGCGCGGUGUUUGAGAUUCCUUGGGUGCGCGUGCAUCGUCCUGGCCACGAACCCCCUAUAUACCAACCUUAGCACCCUUCGCAGCAACGUGUUCACGACCCCGAGCGAUACACUACAAAUCGAUCCUCGUUUCCUCGUAAAAAACCAUCAAACUCUCCGGAGCUCCAGACGCAGCGUGGCGCGCCUGUCUGACCACAUCGACCUCAUGUCUCGACGAUAGCAACGGCGUCUGCCUUCGACCUCCUUCCUACACACCUAGCUCAACAGCAUGGCCGACCAGCCAAUAAGCCUCGUCGACCACACAAAUGGCGACAAUACGCCUUCGACGACCGUCACACAAUCCGAGCAGCAGCUCACAAAUGCGAGCUCCCACAUCGACAUCCUCUACGAAAACCAGCGCGGUUGGUUCGUGUUCGGCAUACCGCUCUUCUCCUCCAAGGCACUGUGGAACCUAAGAAUCGAUCCUGCGCCCUGGCAAGAUGCCAAGUUUAAGCCCUCGGCUGUCAACAUCACAAAUGCACAGGUGCCUGACCCGAGCUGGGUAUGGGACUGGAAAACUUGGUAUGUCGACAUGAGCCUGGACGUCGACGAGGAAGGCUGGCAAUACAAUUUUUUUUUCAACGGCUCAGCAUGGCAUGGUAACCACCCGUGGUUUCAUAGUUUUGUCCGCCGGCGGCGCUGGUUGCGAAGACGUGUCAAGCAGAGACUGCCACCCAAGACUAGAGCAAAUGCGAAGGAACGCAUGUUUGGUGAGCAAUUCAGCAUUGGUACAACCUUGGCUAGAUCUACGACGUUUGGCACUGGCAGCGGUCUGUUGGACAGUUCUCAAACCAGUUUGGACGAAGAGAUCAGAGAUAUUGCCACAUUGAUGAGGAAGCUGAAGGCUGCUGCAAUCGACCGCGAGAAGAUUGUUUAUAUACACAAGUUCAUCAACGAUGGGGGUGAGGAACUACACUACCUUGCAGAACAGAUUCCUACAAUCAUGUCCAUGCUCAUUUUCCAAAAUUCACGCCACCAACUUCUCUCGACGCUGAUGGACCGUUUUGAUGCUGCAAAAGAACACCGCGAACAACACGAAAAGGACGGAAAGCCUGAAGAUGAAGCCGAGGAACGCCGAAUCAACAACCUGCUCAAAGCUGUCGAGGCAGCGGACAACGAGUGCAAGAAGUUGGAGUAUUGGAGUGAUAUCAAGAAUUUGACCGAGGAGGGCAAAGCGGGUAAUGCAACAGAUCCAGGCAUGGGCUGGGAUGAGAAAUGGCAGGGUCUCGAUGUCAGCGGGGCCAGUUAUCCUGAGAAAUGAGUAAUCACGAGCGUUGAUUGGAGUUCACCGGAGUUGAUGUAUUUGCGAGGCGCUGGCGGAGUUGACAUUCGGCGUUGGUCGGAGCAUUGGCAACAUUGGCAGUGUAGCAACAGCUUCAGCAGGCGUAGAUUGUUGUGGUAAGCACG